AGGGCGGCUGGGGCUGCGCUGCGAGGGGGGAAAUGGCGGCCGCGGUGCUGGCGGCGCCGGAGGGCGGCUCCGCCGCGAUGCCGAUGGGGAGCGCGGCGACGUGUCCUCCUCCGGCCGGCCCCGCGGGCCCCGGCUCGUGGAGCCGAUCCUUGGACCGAGCUUUGGAAGAAGCGGCGGCCAGCGGCACGCUCAGCCUGAGCGGCAGGAAGCUGCGCGAUUACCCGCGGGCCAGCGCCGCCAACCACGACCUCAGCGACACCACCCGAGCCGAUUUGUCACGGAACAGACUGUUGGAGCUUCCAGCAGAAGCAUGUCACUUCGUCUCCCUCGAGAGCCUUAAUUUGUACCAGAACUGCAUUCGAUACAUCCCAGAGGCUGUUUUGAACUUACAGUCUUUAACGUUUCUAAAUAUCAGUCGAAACCAGCUUUCAACGUUGCCAGUACACCUCUGUAGUCUACCACUAAAGGUUCUGAUAGCGAGUAACAAUAAGCUGGUUUCAAUACCUGAAGAAAUUGGACAGCUCAGACAGCUGACAGAGCUCGAUGUGAGCUGUAACGAAAUACAGACCAUACCGCCGCAGAUCGGCAACUUGGAAUCCUUACGGGACCUAAAUGUCAGAAGGAAUCAUUUGGUGCGUUUACCUGAAGAGCUCGCUGAGUUGCCUUUGAUUCGAUUAGAUUUCUCCUGCAAUAAAAUAACAACAAUCCCAGUUUGUUAUAGGAACCUCAGACAUCUGCAAACCAUCAUGUUAGAGAACAACCCUCUCCAGUCACCCCCUGCACAGAUAUGUAUAAAAGGGAAAAUUCACAUAUUUAAAUAUCUCAACAUAGAAGCAUGCAAGAUAGCUCCAGAUUUGCCUGAUUAUGAUAGGAGACCCAUGGGAUUUGGAUCUUGCCACGAGGAACUUUAUUCCAGUCGUCCAUAUGGAGCACUUGAUUCUGGCUUUAAUAGUGUGGACAGUGGAGACAAAAGAUGGUCAGGGAAUGAACCAACAGAUGAGUUCUCAGACCUCCCUUUACGUGUGGCAGAAAUCACUAAAGAGCAGAGACUGCGAAGAGAAAAUCAGUAUCAAGAAAACCGAGGGAGCACAGUUGUAACCAAUGGUGGAGUGGAACACGAUCUCGAUCAGAUCGACUAUAUUGAUAGCUGUGCCACAGAAGAGGAGGAGGAAGAGGUGAGGCAACCCAAGUGCGUGGACUCAGACAGCCUCAGCUCACAAUUCAUGGCAUAUAUUGACCAGCGGCGAAUCUCUAAUGAGAGCUCACCAGCAAAGCCAGGAUCUACUAGAGAAUUUCAGAAGGCUGAGGACACGAGGCGGUAUUUACAACAAAACAGGGACACUGAAUUACGAAGACCUGAAACUCUAAAUUUGAUGCAGGACAGAGAGCAUCACCAAGUACUAAGGAGUUAUGUGGACAGGACAGAGAGACUCCCAGCUGAUUCACCUUACUUUCUCUCUCUAUCAAGUCACCAGAGUCAGGUGCCCAACACAGACCCUGACCUGCAUCGCAGGCACAUAGAGCGAACCCGGCGGGAGGCACAGCUAGCAGCACUGCAGUACGAGGAGGAAAGGAUGAGAACAAAGCAGAUCCAGAGAGAAGCUGUUCUCGACUUUGUUAAGCAAAAAGCAUCCUUAAGUCCUCAAAAACAAAGUCCUCUGGAUAGCGAGUGUCCCUUUCCAUCCAGAAGGUCUCAGCAUACUGAUGAUAGUGCCUUGUUAGUGAGUGAUGACAGAUCCACCAUCUCUCCUGGCUCACCCACCACUCAGACAGUCCACCUUUCCCCUCCACAUCCUGGUCAUGCAGCCCUGCCUUCCUAUAGAAACCCUUCCCAGCGACCCGAGAGUUUCCUUUUUCGAGCAGCUGUCAGGGAUGAAGCAAACAAAGUGAUUGCUUCAUCAUCUUCCCGUGCCUUGUCUCCUGCUAAUGAUUCUGCAGACACUAGAGUUAGGCAGAAUUCCAAGCAGCGUGAGGAGGAGCUGGAGCUAAUAGAGCAGCUACGUAAGAAUAUUGAAUCACGGUUGAAAGUGUCACUGCCCAGUGACCUUGGAGCAGCUCUCACCGACGGCGUUGUUCUGUGCCACCUGGCUAACCACGUCCGUCCUCGGUCUGUCCCCAGCAUCCACGUCCCCUCACCUGCUGUUCCUAAGCUUACAAUGGCGAAAUGCAGACGAAAUGUGGAGAAUUUCUUGGAAGCUUGCCGAAGGAUCGGAGUGCCUCAGGAGCAAUUAUGUUUGCCUCUCCAUAUUUUAGAAGAGAAGGGUUUGACACAGGUAGCUGUGACUGUGCAGGCGCUGCUGGAGCUGGCACCCCCAAAGCAGCAGCAGCUUCACCACUUGUCUGCUGUGUAAAGACCUCCGGGACUUUUGGGUUACCUUGGCUAAGCAGAAGGACGUCAAGACUUUACUGCCCGUGCAGUGCAUCCAAACACACAGAGCUCUGUUCUAAGGAAACGAGUUUCCGUGAUUCCUGACAGGAAUGUUUUGCUUCGUUUUCUCCAUUUUUUUUGGAGAUCACCACAGUUUUCAAUAACGUUUUGAUUAGCGAUAAUUUUGCCCCCUACUGAUGGUGGUGAGGAGGGCAGGGAGUUCCAGGGGCUGUUGGAGCCGGCUGUAGAAACUGACCUUGUAGGUGGAGGACAUUGGUGUACAGUUGGGAAAGCUGUUCCUAUAGGAAUUCAUUUCUUUAAUUAAAAAAAGAAGAAAAAAAAGGUGGUUGCUGCAGUGGGCAGGAGGGGAAUGAGACGUCAUUCCUUCUCCAUGGGGUUCAGAGUGAGUUUCUUUGCCUGGUGAGAACAGCAGCUCUUUCCAUUUUAUAAAUAUAUAUAUUUUUAAAAGAAUUGCAGCACAAUCUUAACCAGUACAGUGUUUCAUACUGGGGUCAGUCCUUAUGCAGCUGUCACCUGUGUUGGCAUAUCCUCAUUACUGACCAUAUGUAGGAAAAAUAAAGGGGGUUUCCCUCUCCCCACCCAGAGGAAAAAAUACUGCAUGUUUUCUCCACAAGAAACAUCUUGGUAAAAGAUGCUAAACCAGAACUGUUUGAAUUGACUGAGUAACGGUAGCAUUUUUGCUGGAUUUGUGUUCUGUUUGGGCUUCAAGGCAUCUCUGUGAAAACCUGUGCAAGAUCAGGGGGCUCCCACCUCCUCUCACCUCCCCUUCGAGCCCUGUGUGAUGCAUUUGGUUACUGGGUGGUUUUGUCACAUGGCUGCCAAGAAUCACAUCUGCAUUUCACUGCAGUGCAUUGAGGUACAGCCUGCCAUGCAAGUCAAUAGGAAGCCAUGCCCAGGUCAUACGUUUGGUGGGGGCUGGAGCACCAGGUGCAGACAUGCUGAGUGCCACCACUGCUGAGAAGUGCAUCAUUUUAGGAACACAAGGACCGAAUUUCCACAGGUGGGCUGCAUGUUGUCAAAGCAAAGUUUUACAAAAGGUGGCUUCUAUCUGUGGGCUUGGCAGGGCUUUAAACCUUUGUUUAUAGGGUUAUGUAAUUGUCAGGAGUUACUGCUGCAGUUUGUUGGAUGGAAGGUUCUAUUGUGGGUGUUCAUAUAGAGGGAUGCACUGGUUUUACACAACUGCCAUUACUUUCUUCCUCUUUCUUUAACAUAAAAAUGGAAGUUCAGUAUACAGGAACAGGAGAGGCAGCAGGUGAAUUUUGAAUUACUCUUGGAAGUUAGUGUGCAAAGCACAGAUGGGUAGCUCUCUGUGCUCUUGUGCCAGCAACAAGGCCAAGCUCUCUAUCAGAUCAAUUACAUCUUUUUUUUUUUUUUUUCCCCCUAAGAAGGAACUUGGAAAAUGCAGUUCUCCACCCAUCCAGUUCUUUUGCUAGUUCUGAUCCAGCUGAAGCAUCCCAGAACAGCUUGCCACUAACAUGGGUUGCAUGGGGUCUGAGACCAGCAUCGUGCCUCAGAGGCUUAUUGGAAGCAGAAUACAUCAAGAGUAUUUUAUAGGUAUAAAGGAAGGAGGAGGAGUGAGGAAUGGUGAGCUAAAAGCCAUUCUCACUGCAGUGAACGUGCCACAGGGUCACUGGCAAAGACUGCUCUUAGCUGGAUUUUUUCCCCUUUUGAUUUGCAGCUUUGUUUCCAGUCUGUUUGCUCCAUGUAUGAGCAUCAGGACCCUCCGUGAUGGCUGCUGUAUCGCUGUUUCACACAACAAUUCCAGUUGCUCCUUAUUGGCAUUGGCUGAUUGUGUUGCAGCUCACAAAGAACACAUGAAAGGGAUUUAAAACUGCACAGCUGAAAGGAGAAACCUUUUCAGUCCAACUAGCACGUUGCUCUGAGUUCUGCAAGAAAUGAAAAUGCCAGUAAGUUGCAAUGUGUAGGGGAAGAGAGCAGCUCCGUGCAGGCUUUCCUCCCAAGUAGGUUUUAUGUUUCACAUAAUUCCACUUGCAGGGAUUGUUAGGAAUUCUUAAAGGGUUACGUAAGUGUCAGGAGUUACUGCUGCAGUUUGUUGGAUGGAAGGUUCUGCCAUUCACAGCAAACAUUGCAGCAUAGCACAGAUGUUUCUUGUGUCUCUCAUGCACUUAGAAAGAGGAGGACACUGAAUUGAUAUUAGUUUUAACAUUAGGAUUUAGGAUUAGUUUUAACAUUUGGAUCAUAUGGGAGCAUGUCACUUCUUACUAGCACUCAUAGCCUAUGGAGCUGUGGGGUGUUGUUUGCUUUAGUCCAGCUUCCAGCACUUACAGACAGUGAAACUUAACAGUAUUCAGGUUGGUGGAAGUUUGACAUUUCAUUAAUAUGAGUUCAUAGGAAUUAAUGGGUUGGGAGGUGGGGGGUCUGAGCUGCUAGAAAUGGCCGUGUUUGUUGUCUGGUUAGGACAGCCACUCUGGGUUAUAGGCAGCACACACACGUGGCAGCUGAGCCCACAGGAAAGCAGUGUCAGUGUGGCUGGGCAGGUGCACGUCCCAUGCAUCACCCCGAUGUCACAAGCAGCAGCUCGCUCCGGCAUUUCAGAUGUUUGUGGCCACGUUAGGUUCACCUGCAUGGCAUUGUGUGUCCAUGCUGGCAGAUACUAAGUGUUGACCAGAUGUUUAGGACAAAAAUCCAAGCCUAAAGUUUCAUCGCAUGGUUUAUUUAAUGUGUUAUACCAAAAAACAGUUCUGUUUUGCAGGCUAAAUGGGAUUUUUUAGUGUGUUUAUGUGCAAUUUUGUUGUGUAUAAAAUUCUAUUUUGUGUUAAGAGGCAAUUACCUUUCCUUUCUGGGGCUUUUGUGUUGGAGGAUGUGGGAGGAAUCCAUCGGGGCGCUUUGUGUUUUGCUGGUGCUCAUCCACCAGCUCUGUUGUGUCACCAUCCUUCCUCAAACGAUGGUGAGCACUGAGUUUGGGGCUCCACAAUGUUACCCAUCCAAAAUCGAGUGGCACUGGCACUGAGGGGUCCCUCAUAGCAUUGACAUGAUGAGGUCAGAACAGUGGGGAUUUGAUUCUUCCCCUUGUGAAGGAGGGGACUUUGGUGACCUGGCUGAAAUAAACCACAGAGAACUUUUCACAUCACCGAGAGCUCCUCUGCCGUUUUCAGUUGUGACACAGUGGCAAAUGGUUCUUUUUAUCCUUCUAUGACUAUAAAUGUUCCUUUGGAAAACUAAAAAAAAAAAAAGUGUUUUAGGAACAGAGGUCUUCUAAAGUGAAUUUAGACAUUAAAAAAUCCUUUUGUAUAGAUAUCGUGAUGUUUUACAAAGCAAUCUAAUUUUGUUAUUUCUGAAAGCAGUGUAAACGUGUAAUUAAUAAAGGAUUUUAAGGCUUCAUCCCAUGCUGUACGUCUGUAAAUACAUUCCAUAAUUUCUAUGUCUGUUAAAUAUAAAUAUGUUUGGAUAUUGUACACUUUAUUUUAAAUUGCCUGUAUUCUGCCAGUAGUGUGAACUUCUAGCACAUUAAUAAUAUAAAAGGAAACCAUGGGUAAUUUGAAAUAAAGUUUUAAGACCUACAUGAA